AUGAAGUUGCCUGCUUUACUUUCUGUAUUUCUCUUCAGAAUCAUCUCACAAACCUCAGCAGCAAUCAUGAGAGUAGCCAAACCGGGUGCAAAUUUCAAAGGUGCCUUUCAAGGUGCUUCAGGUCACCAUUCUAGUCCAAUUAAUUGGCCAAGAUCAUUAACUGAGAUGCACAAAAGAAUGGAAGAAGGCCAAAACCUUGCAUUACAGCCACCAUUAGAACCUCCUCUACCAGAAAUAUAUGAAAAUUCAUUUCUGGGUUUGGGAGAAUCUUUAAGGAAAUUUCCAGGUCUGCAUGAUCAUCAUCUCAAUGUAGAAUGUGAACAAUACAAGAUGACAUCGGCUCAUGCACAAAUCUUGAAGGGUGGAGGAGGAGGUGGUGUUUGUGGUAGUGGAAGUGGGAUAACUUGCGGGAUAGCUUCAGGAGGUGGUCGUGGUCAGGGUCAGAAAAAAGGUAAGCAUAAGAGUGGCAAUGCGGUGUUGAAUGCGACCUUCUCGGCAAUGUGGACUUGGAUAUCCCUUGCUGGGAAUCUUGCUCUUUUGAGGCAUUUGUUCAAUCUUGCCAGAUAUUGA